AUGGAGGAAGCAGCGCUACUGGCAUGCUUCAUUUUUAUUGCAACAAUGCAUUCCUCUUGGGCUGAUAAUUCAGUUAUUCUUGACUUGCAUAACAAUGCCCGUCGACAAGUUGGUGUCGGCCCUUUGGUAUGGGACAGUUCUCUAGAGAAGUAUGCAAAAAACUUACUACUUCACAGCAGAAAUCAAUGUUAUCCAGACCCACAGAGCAAUCGAUACGGUCAGAACUUGGGCAGAGGCACAGGCAAUGACAACACAGAGUACCGUAUUCCUGCUGAUAUCUCAAUUCUGAUGUCCUGGAUUGGCGAGGAGGAUACGUAUGACUUCAACUCCAAUUCUUGUGUAGGUGGACGAGAGUGUAGGCACUAUACUCAAAUAGUUUGGCAUAGCUCAGAUCAUGUAGGAUGUGCUGCGGUUCCAUGCAACUCUACUGAGACUGGAAAAAGUUCAUCCCAAGUUACUCUGCUUUGUCUCUAUGAUCCGCCAGGCAACGCAGCAGGACAGUACCCUUAUCUGUUUCAACGCCCUUUUGUAUACAAUUCCAAUUCCUGGAAGAACAAUCUGUCUAUUGAGCAAAGGAGUUGGGUUUUCACUGAUGGCACUACAUACAGGCCAGUAUUGCUAACAACAAUUAUUGACGACAAUCCUCCUAUUGGUUUUGGAUUUUUCACUGAUGGAAGUAAAGGCAAUAGAAGCAACACCUUUUAUCUUGGCAUUUUUUCACUAAAAAUAACACAUACUGCUCUCAGUGCCAACAAAAAUUUGUCCUCAAUCAAUCUACUUGCUCCACCGGUUAUAUUUUGGUCUGCAAAUAGAGACAACCCAGUGAGAGAGAAUGCCACACUUGAGUUCACAUCAAAAGGGAACCUGCUUCUGAAAGAUUCAGAUGGAAGUCUUGUUUGGUCUACAAAUACUUCGGGGCUUUUGGUCCAGAAGAUGAGUUUAACAACACAAGGAAAUUUGGUACUGGAGAAUAGCACUGGUCACACCGUGUGGCAGUCCUUUGAUCAUCCAACUGAUACAUUGCUUCCUAAUCAGGUCCUUUCAGUAGGCAAAAAACUGGUGGCUCGCAAUUCCUCAUCCAGUUUGGCAUCAGGUCAGUUUUUUCUAACUGCAACUCCGGAAGGGAUUGAUGCAUUUAUCGGUGUCAGUUCACCCCAACGGUACAGAACAUAUCAACUUUCUAAGUUUUUAAAGUUGCAGCAUCUAUCUAAGGAUAUUGCCUUCAUUGAGAAACUCCCAAAUGGGUUGCAAUUCAAUGUCUAUGCUGACAUACAACUUGGAUUGCCCUAUGUAGUUCUUGAACCGAAUGGACAUCUAACCAUGUAUCAACCCUCUCUUUCUCAUAAGUUCAACAUUAGUUUUGAGAUACAAGGUGAUUUUCUAGAAGAUCGUAGAUUGGGCGAGUGCUCAUAUCCGACAUCAUGCGGUGAUCUUGGGAUUUGCUCAAAUGGGCAAUGCAGUUGUCCAGGUGGAAAGGCAGGCUACUUUGUGCACUCAAAUGAUUCGCUGCCCACAAAGGGAUGCAAACAAGUAAAACCUUUGUCAUGUGAGGAUGUACAACAACAUACUUUCUUGGAGCUCACAAAUGUUACAUACUUCAAUUUUGUGCCACAGCGAUAUAAUGUCAACAAAGAAAGCUGCAAAGAGGCAUGUUUGAGCUCUUGUUCAUGUAAGGCUGCCAUAUUUCACUAUUGGAAUAACAUGUCACUUGGCAAUUGCUCUUUGGAAUCUCAAAUAUAUUCAUUUAGAACAUUAGGAAACGAAAGCAGUGGUAGUUCUUAUGCAUUCAUCAGGGUUCAGAGAGUUGAGGAUGUGAAGAAAUCAUCUUUUGUCCGCAUUUUAGUGAUUGUGCUUUCCCUAUCCUUUUUAGUAGUUAUUAUUUUUUCGGGAGCAUGUUAUCGCUACAAGCUGCACAAGAAGUCAAAUAAGGAAGCAGAUGAUCAAGUAAAUGAAGAGGAGGAGAUAGACAACCAAGUUAUUGGAGCAUUUAGGAGGUUCAGGCUUUCAGAAUUGAAAUCUGCAACACGUGAUUUUCAAACAAGGCUUGGCCGAGGAGGGUUUGGAUCUGUCUUUAAGGGGGUUCUUGAAAAUGGAACAAAAAUAGCAGUGAAAAGGUUAGAUUCAAAGAGCCAAGGUCUAAAAGAAUUUUUGGCUGAGGUCAAUACAAUAGGUAAGAUCCAUCAUUUUAAUUUGGUCAAGUUGAUAGGGUACUGUAGGGAAAAAUCAAAGAGGUUACUGGUAUAUGAGCACAUGUGCAAUGGUUCGCUAGACAAGUGGAUUUUUUCUCAGGAACAGAAAACAACAAACAGUUUAACAUGGGAAAUGAGGAAGAAAAUCAUUGUUGGUUUAGCUAAAGGGCUUGAAUAUCUUCAUGAACAUUGCAAUCCAAAAAUCAUUCACUUUGAUAUAAAGCCCCAAAACAUUCUCUUGGAUGAGAAUUUCAAUGCCAAAAUUGCUGAUUUUGGAUUGGCUAAAUUGAUGACUAGGGAUCAAAGCCAAGUGUUAACUGUUCUUAAGGGAACUCCAGGAUAUUUAGCUCCUGAAUUGUUCAAGGGGACCAAUAUCUCUGAAAAAAUUGAUGUUUACAGCUUUGGAAUUGUGAUGAUAGAAACUAUAAGCAGGAGGAGAAAUUGUGAUCACCGUCAAUCCCAACCGCUAAUUGAUAUAGUGAAAGAAAGGGCUGAACAAGAUCGGCUAUUUGAUUUCAUUGACCAACACUUUGAAGAUGAGCAUAGCUACAAAGAGGAUGCAGAAAAGAUGAUGAAGAUUGCACUUUGUUGUUUACAGGCUCACAACAGGAGACCUCCUAUGUCUGUAAUUGUCAAGGUACUAGAAGGAGGGCCGGGGCUAGAGUUUAUCACUACCUAUGGAUUGUUAAAUAUAACAGAACUUGAAGCCCCACUCACAGUAAGCUCAAGAGCAGUAAUCAACUCAUAUACCCCAACAGCAUCAGUUCUAUCAGGACCAAGAUAA